AUGAGGGAAUGGAGCUUGGAAAAUGAGGUGGAAAGAUUCGUGAGCGAGGCGAGGAAAAGACAAGAUAAGAAGGACAAAACAAAUGAAGAAUGGAGAAGACAAGAAAAAGAAAAGCUCAUUGAAGAAAAGCCAAAAAAAAUUAAUGGAAAUGAGCUGGAGGAAGAACUAAAAGAAAGGAAGCAAAAAAGGUUAAAAAUUGGGGAGGAGUGGAGAGUGGGUACAGAAAGAGACACAGAGGCCAAGGAGAAAGAGGACCAAAAUAAAGGAAGAGAGCAAGAAAAUAGAAGAAAAAUAAUGUUUUGGAAUGUUGCAGGUAUGAAUGAGGUAGAAAAAGCUGCCACAAUGAUGGAAGAAAACGAGAUUGUUGUGCUAGUGGAGACAUGGGUAAUGGAAGAUAAGGUGGAAGUAACAUGUGAGAGGCUGAGCAAAGAAUUCAAAUGGUGGGCGAAGCCUGCGACGAGAGAGAAACAGAGAGGAAGAGCAAAGGGAGGUCAUAUUAUUGGGAUAAAAAAAAAUUCCAAAUUAAAAUGGGAAGUCAGGGAAUGGAAAUACGGAAUGAUGUUGGAAGAAAGUAAGGAAAGUGAAAGUAUAAUCACAGUGUAUAACAAUGUAGGAAUGAGCAAAUUAGAAACGGAGCUAAGAAGGCAGAUAGAAGAAUGUGCAAACAGGGACGAAAGUGUGAUGAUCAUUGGGGACUUUAAUGCGAGAAUCGGAGAAGAAAACGUAACAGGAGAGGACGAAGGCAGAGUGCGGAAAAAAAGAAAAUCGAGAGAUAAGACAGUAAACAGCGAAGGAAAAAAAUUACUUAAGAUAGGCGAUGAGCAAGAAAUAGAGGUAAGAGUGGUGGAGAGAAUAGAGUCAGAUCAUCUACCAGUGUUGGCGAGAUAUAAGGAGUAUGCAGAAGCAACGCAGGAAGCACUGACAGAAGCAGUAGAGGAAAAAAGCGAGCUUGAGUGGGAGGAUAUAAAGGAAAUAGUAAGAAAAGGGGCUGAAAAAACGGGGAUGGUGAUGAAAGGAAAGAAGGACAAAGAUACAAAGGAGAAAAAAAAGUGGUACAAUAUCGAGGGUAAAAAAAAAAGAAAAGAAGUAUGGAAGAAGUUCAAAGAAUUCAUCAAGGAUAAUAACAAAGAAAAAAAGAGAAAUCUGAAGGAAAGCAGAAAGAAAUAUAGGGAAACAAUCAAAGAGAGCAAGGAAAGGUGGAUGAUGGAAAGGUGUGAGGAGAUAAGUAACGCCAAAGACAUGACAAAAUGGUGGGAAGCCAUAAAUAGGUUCAGAGGAAGAAAGAAAAGAGCUGCAAGCAACAGCAUAAAAGCAAAACAAUGGGAAAAGCACUUUAGUGAUCUGCUGAAUGGGGAAGGCAAUGAAAAAUCGGAAGAAGAAGAAAAUGAGCCGUGGAAAGGAGAAGGUAGUAAUGAAGGAUCAGAGGAGCCGAAGCUCGAUAAAAACUUCAGCAGGAGAGAAGUGAAAGCCGCAAUAAGAAAGCUCGGGAAUCACAAAGCUCCAGGGGAAGACGGGAUGGCAGCAGAAUUUAUAAAGAACAGUGCACCAGAUGUCAUUGAAUGGAUAGGCGAAAUUAUAAAUAGAAUAUGGGACGAAGGAAGUAUGCCAGAAUGA